AAGAUGGCAACCUUUCUGGCUGUCAACUUGGUGAAGUAUCUGUGCACUUGCGCGAAGCGCCAGCCUAUAUGUAGAUUAUAUUUGUGUCGCCAUUGCUUGAAAUUGCGGUGUGGGGAGUGCGUGCAACAUGAGGUUGACACGCCGUACUGCCCGAACUGUUUGGAAAAUCUUCCCUCUGCUGAAGCCAAAAUGAGGAAAAACAGAUGUAGCAACUGUUUUGACUGUCCAAGUUGUGGCCACACGUUGAUGACCCGUGCCACCAGUCUAAUGGUAGCAAACCCUGAUGAUGCCAACAAGUCAACUCCUAAGAAGAUGUACUACAUGGCCUGUGGCUUCUGUCGCUGGACAACACGGGAUGUGGGACUAGCUGACCAGCUCUCUUCAAGUGGAGGAUGGCAGGACCAGGAGAAUGAGCAAGCCAAGCGGAUAAACUCCCUGUUGGAUUACCAUCGCCAGAUGUCCCAGCGAGAGAAAGCAGAAAAGGAGCGCAAGAAAUAUGUUAAACGAAGGACUCAUCUUUACUAUUCGGAUAAGUAUGGGCUGACAUCUGUAGCUGCUGCCAAGAGAAAGUCCAUUGCUGCAAUGUCAAAUCUGAGUAUUAAGGAUGGGGAUGAAACACCUGCCCCUGUUGAGCCCGGGGAGACUGUAACAGACUUUGAUCCCCUACCCGAGGAGAUUUUCACUGAAGCUGUGGAUUUAUCUAAAGCGCCAAACAUGAGGCAGAGACUGGCCACUCCUGAGUUCCAACCAGCAGGUGCCCAGAAUCUGUACCCUCAGUACUGCAAGCACCUGUUGAUCAGGAAGUCACUCAGGUGCAAGGAGUGUGAACAUAACCUGAGCAAGCCAGACUUUAACCCAGUCUCCAUCAAGUUCAAGAUCCAGCUUAUAGCACUGAACCAUGUACCAGAGAUCCGCAUCUUGUCACCAGCUGUCUUCCUGCCACAGAAGGAGACCCUGGUCACGCUGACACUGAGCAACCCAUCAGUGUACAAUACCACGGUGCACUUUCUGUCGCUGGAUGAUGAAAACGAGACUGGAGACGAGGUCAAUGCCAAAUGUGAGCUGCCAAAGGGAGAGCUAGUGAUAGCGUGACGUGAUGAUGCUGCUAUAUACGACGAUCAGAACCAGCUGCAGCAGGAGUUCAAGGAUGAUCCUGGGGUGAUAGCAUUCCGGAAGUCCAACAAGAUUGGCAUCUUCAUGAGGGUGAAGCCCAACUUGAAGGACGGAGAUGUCAAGGUGCGUUUCCGGAUGCAGCACGAGUACCGCAACACGACCACGGCUCUGCAGACUGAAGACAAGGAGCCCCAAAUUGUGUGGCUGGAACACACUGUCUAUAUGGCGGUCGGCAAGAUACAGGGGAAAUAGAGGGCCCUCUAGAGUCAGGCGCGCCUCUCACUCAUCAGGAGUCAUGAUGACUGGGACACAUCUACAGUAUAUAACUGAAGCAAAUUAUUCUCUGUAACAACAUGGCCUUGAAUGGUUCCAAAUGGAACUCAAACAAGGUCUUACUUGUUUCUUGUGUUGCGUGUCACCUUCUAAGAAUGCAGGUUGAACAAUUGUAAAUGGUGUUUAAACUCAUACAUGUGUUGAGUGAUUUCUCAGUUUCACUCAAAACAUAUAUUCAGUCUUUGCACAUAAAAGUUCCCAAAGUCAUCUUACCACCUUGUCAUGUGAUGUGCUGGUUCUCACUUAAAUGAUAUGACGACUUGUCAUGGGUUGACUGAACAUCAUUUUGU